AUUUUUUUCUUUCUAAAUUAUGAUUAAUAUGAAAAUUAAAAUAGAAAGUGACAUGUCCUUAUUUUAACUCCUUUUAUUUCAUUCAUUGGUUUAAUGUUAUUUACCUAAGGAUACUAAUCAUUGGUUUUUGAAAGAUAACAAUAAAAAUUCAUUCCAAACAUGUGGUGCAAUUAUAUAUAAUUACAAAGUGGAUAGAGUAUAGAACUACAAAAUGGAUAGAGUUUAGUUAUAACAACUAAUUUAAAAAAGUGUUCAUUUGAUAGAGUCUAAAAUCACCACUUACAUUGACUAACCCCAAAAAUUUGUCCUAAACACUAAUCAAUCCGAAGAUUAUAAAAUGUCGACAAAGAAAAUAAAAUAAAAUAGGAGUCUAUGAGUCGAUGGAACUUAUCCAACUAAACUUUAAUAAGAAUGAACCAAACUCAAUUUUGUAAUAAUAUUUAAAAUACGUUUUUACUCUCUCCCAGAAUAUCCCAUCUCUCUGAUUCCAAUUCCUCCUCUCUCUCUUUCGUCUCUCUACUUCGAAUUGAUUGUUUUAACCGCCGGUGAUCGGAGCAAACUCUCUGACGGUGACCGCCGGUGAUCAUUUUUUGUGAACUUCACUUUUGUGAUCUCAGAUUCUACACUUCUAGUGAUUGAACUGUUAUGGAAAAUUACAAAAUAUGUGGCUCUGCUUUCAUUUAAAUUCAAUCAUCAUCAUCUCUGCUACUUGAUGAUCAGGUCACCUUCUCUGUGUUUUGUAAUCUCCAUAACGUAAGAGUUUGUUUGAUAUUGCAAUUUUGAAUAAGAUGAUUAGCAUCCAAUCCAAUAGCUGAUGUUGAAACCUAACUCUGUAAAGACUUUAAAUUUGUUUUCUCUGGCUUUGUGCUCGUUGAAGGGUAACCUAAAGAUUUGACCUUUUUGAUCCAACACUUCUCUUUUUGUACUGUAGGUGUAUAAAGCAUAGUUCGUUGGGAACUUUUUUUUACAGCUUUGGAGUAACUACCUUUCAUGGUUUUUGGUUCCAACAAUGGGGUCAAAAUCAUUUGGAAAUCUAUUAGACUUGGCCUCUGGGGAUCUUUUGGACAUUCCUCAGACUCCGAGAUAUCUUCCAAGAGUGAUGACUGUUCCUGGCAUUAUCUCUGACGUUGAUGGAUAUGGAAUUAGUGAUGGCGAUUCAGAUGUCAUUUCAUUACCUUGCCGUGAGCGGAAAAUCAUUGUGGCCAAUUUUCUUCCUUUGAAUGGUAAAAAGGAUUCAGAAACUGGAAAGUGGAAAUUCAGUCUCGACAAUGAUUCUCCCCUGUUACAUCUCAAGGAUGGUUUUUCUCCAGAGACUGAAGUCAUUUAUGUUGGAUCGCUCAAGACGCAUGUUGAUGUUAGUGAGCAAGACGAGGUUUCCCAUAAUCUUUUUGAGGAAUUCAAUUGUGUAGCGACUUUCCUCCCACAAGAUGUGCAUAAAAAAUUCUACCUUGGCUUUUGUAAACAGCAACUAUGGCCACUUUUCCAUUACAUGUUACCCAUGUGUCCUGAUCAUGGUGAACGGUUUGAUCGUGGUCUUUGGCAGGCAUAUGUUUCUGCCAACAAGAUAUUUGCAGAUAAGGUAAUGGGUGUGAUUAAUCUUGAAGAAGAUUAUAUCUGGAUUCAUGACUAUCAUUUAAUGGUUCUCCCAACAUUUUUGAGAAGGCGGUUUCACAGGGUUAAGCUUGGUUUCUUCCUCCACAGUCCAUUCCCUUCUUCAGAAAUUUAUCGAACCUUACCUGUUCGAGAGGAACUACUAAGAGGGCUCUUAAAUUGUGACUUAAUUGGUUUUCACACGUUUGAUUAUGCACGGCAUUUCUUGUCAUGCUGCUGUAGAAUGCUUGGAUUGGAGUAUGAAUCUAAGAGAGGGCAUAUUGCUCUUGACUACUUGGGACGUACAGUUUUUCUGAAGAUUCUUCCUAUAGGUAUUCACAUGGGAAGGCUGGAAUCCGUUCUGAAUCUUCCUGCUACAGCUGAAAAGCUGAAAGAGAUUCAAGAAAAGUAUCGGGGUAAAAAGAUAAUUCUCGGUGUUGAUGACAUGGAUAUAUUCAAAGGUUUAAGUCUUAAAAUUUUGGCCUUUGAACACCUCCUUCAGCAAUAUCCUAGCAUGCUAGGGAAAAUAGUUCUUAUUCAGAUUGUGAACCCAGCCAGAGGCUCAGGUAAAGACGUUCAGGAAGCGAGGAAAGAAACGUAUGAUACUGUUAAAAGAAUCAACGAGCGUUAUGGUUCACAUGAUUAUGAGCCAGUGGUUCUGAUUGAUCGCCCUGUUCCUCGGUUUGAGAAGUCUGCCUAUUAUGCCCUGGCAGAAUGCUGCAUAGUCAAUGCAGUGAGGGAUGGGAUGAACUUAGUUCCGUACAAGUACACUGUUUGUCGGCAGGGAACUCCUAGUAUGAAUAAGUCUUUGGGAGUAAGUGAUGAUUUGCCUCGCACAAGCACCCUUGUUCUGUCCGAGUUCAUUGGUUGCUCGCCUUCUCUAAGUGGUGCGAUUAGGGUUAAUCCUUGGGACGUUGACGCGGUAGCCGAUUCACUAUAUUCUGCUAUUACCAUGUCUGAUUUUGAGAAGCAACUACGACAUAAAAAACACUUUCACUACAUUAGUACACAUGAUGUGGGUUAUUGGGCGCGCAGCUUUUCGCAGGAUUUGGAGAGGGCAUCUCGAGAUCAUUACAGUAAACGGUGCUGGGGUGUGGGUUGGGGUUUGGGUUUCAGGCUUGUCGCUCUCUCUCCUAAUUUCAGAAGGCUAUCCAUUGAGCAAACUGUUAGUGCUUACAGAAGAUCGAGCAAGAGAGCAAUAUUUCUUGAUUAUGAUGGUACUUUAGUUCCUGAGACCUCGAUUGUAAAGGACCCAAGUGCUGAAGUUAUAUCUGCGUUGAAGGCACUGUGUAGUGAUCCUAACAACACUAUAUUUAUUGUUAGCGGGAGGGGAAAAGUUUCUUUGAGCGAGUGGCUUGCGCCAUGUGAGAAUCUUGGAAUAGCGGCUGAACAUGGUUACUUUACAAGGUGGAAUAAGUCUUCUGACUGGGAAACAAGCGGCUUAUCUGAUGACCUUGAGUGGAAGAAAGUUGUGGAACCUAUUAUGAGACUUUAUACAGAGACUACUGAUGGAUCCAAUAUAGAAGCAAAAGAGAGUGCUUUAGUCUGGCAUCACCAAGAUGCUGACCCAGACUUUGGUUCUUGUCAAGCCAAGGAACUACUGGACCAUCUAGAAACUGUUCUUGUGAAUGAACCAGUUAUUGUGAACAGAGGCCACCAAAUCGUUGAAGUUAAGCCUCAGGGAGUAAGCAAAGGGCUUGUCACCGGGAAAAUUCUUAGCCGAAUGCUUGAAGAUGGGAUAGCGCCAGAUUUUGUGGUAUGCAUUGGGGAUGAUAGAUCAGACGAGGAGAUGUUUGAAAACAUAUCAACAACCCUCUCAGCUCAAUCAUCGUCAAUGUCUACAGAGAUAUUCGCGUGUACUGUGGGAAGAAAACCGAGCAAAGCCAAAUACUUCCUCGAUGAAGUAAGCGACGUGGUGAAGUUGCUUCAAGGACUUGCCAACACUUCGAGCCCAAAGCCUAGGUACCCUUCUCACCUCAGAGUCUCCUUCGAAAGCGUGGUAUGAGAAAUCAGAGAUCAACGGGGGUUACCAAGUUAUGUAGGGGAAAAUGUGAAUUUGAAUCAUGAUAAAAAACAUGAUUUGUACAUAGAAAACACGCAAAAACAGAGAGGCAAAACCUAAUGUUGCGAGAUUUGGACCUGUUUUAGUUCAGGUUUGUACAUGUACGUAACUUACGACUUAUGAGCAGGAAACAGCUCUUUCCAUUUGUGUUUGUAUAUAAUAAUGUCUCGUGUAUGAUCUAAAGUUUCUUGUUUUCUCCUUAAGAAUCUAUUUCGGCGGUGUUUUCUAUUAAUUACAUAUUCAAACUUAGAUAUU